AAAAUGUAGUUCUACUGAUUUUCCAGUUUCUGAUUCAUCGUUUUGUGCUUUUGCCUCUACUUCUUGUCCUUCUUUCUUUAGAAAAUCUGAGCUCCUGCCUGACUCACUGGUGUUUCAUCAGUCUUUGGGGAGGUGGUGGGAUGAGUCUCCGCAUCUCAGUGCUUUCCCAUGCCUCACCCUGAGGUCCUCUCCCUUCUCACCCAGCGUCACACCCUGACCCCUCUGCUCCCGUGUCCUCUGACUUCCUUGCACCAGCACCCUGUUGAGCUCCACGCCUGCACUGGGGUCUGUAUAGGUGGCUGUCAUGUGUGCCGAGCAUAGCUCAGUAUAGCUGCAUGAAGCGUUCCACCGGGCAGACGGUGUUGAUCCUCCAGUCUCUGAGCCACAGUGGUCCUCAGAGUGGUCCUCAGGGCCACUCCCCAAACAACCAGCUCACGCCUUGCUUCUCUCCUCACCCCCAAGGCCUCUUCCCCAUCCUUACUUCUAAUGGGUGGCCUGGAUUCCUGCUUCACGGAGCUGAACCAGUUGGAAGAGCGUCCCUGCCUGUCCCCUGCCUGUCCCUGAACCUCUGCUCUGCACCACACCCCUGCCUUCCUGCCGGACCUCUGAGGGUCCUGCACGCUCUCCCCACACUGGUCUGUGUCCCCAUCCCUCUUCCCACUCCAGGGCAGUCAUCCUCCCUCAUCGUCAAGUCUGAGUUCUCCCCGGAUUCCUGUCAACCCAAAGGUGCUGUCGUUUCUCCUGUUCUAAACCUGCCUGAUCUCUCCAUCUGUACUCAGCCCCGUGGUGAUCUCACAGUCCCCUGGCUUGUGACCCACCUGAGUGUGAUGACUCCUAGUCCGCAGCUCCAGUCCAGACCCCUCCCCCGGGCACCACACCGCCCUGGCUACACAGAGCCUCCACCCGGCAUCCCACAGGUCUCCCAGAGCCGCGUCACCCACUGCAGCUCCAUCCACCUUAGUUCACUACACCUCUCUGUCCACUUCCUUCAGCCAGAAACCCCAUCAUCCUCAUCUGUGUUUUCACUCAUGCCCGUAUCUGACUUCCCGGGAAAUCCUGUUAGCUGUGCCUCUAGAACAGAUCCAGAAUCCAGCCAGGCUACCGCCCCAUCUCCCACCUUGAGGUCGCGCUGCCUCAGCACCCAUCCCUCCCUACCACCGUCGCGCAAAACAGCAAGCGGUGACCUCUCGAAGGUUAACUCUUCACACUCCUGAUGAAAUCUGUGAAGUGCAUAGAGCCUGCCCCUGCCCUCAGGCCCCUCUACAGCUGGUGUCAGAAUCACCAGAUGGACGAAGCUCCAGACCCUGGCCCCUUACCACUGGCCACAGCAUCCUGAGCACCCUGCCCAGAACCUCUGGCCUCGGGUUCCUCUUCUGCAGAAAGCAGAUGAUGACACCUGCAUCACAGACGGCAUGGUCGGGACGGCGGAGUGACCACAGGCUCGGGAAGCGACUGGGGACGGUCACUGUGGCUGAGUUAGCAGCUGGCUGCUUGUUGUUUUCUUCCGUUUGUGGCGAUCCUUUCUUUCCCAGGUGACCCCUGUUUUGUGAGGUUCAUUCUUCCCAUUUGUCCUUGAAAGCCCUUGCUGGGAUAACUCUCUAAUAAAAACCAGUGCC